UCAAAGGUCAAAGAUAUAUGGCUUUGGUUUGAAGAAGGAAUUUCAAUAAGUAAUCGUAUGAGGAACAGGUUGAGACAUCGGCACUAAAUGCAGAUUGUUUAAAGCCUUUGCAGUCUAUGGGCUAAUGUUUGUGAAGUUGAAUGUGAAGCAGACCAAGUUUUACGAUGGUUUAGGAAACAGAAUACUUUGGCUGUCUCCAUGCAGGUCGAGCACAACAUGGCAGGAUGUUCAGCAGCAUUUUGUACGGACAAGCUGUUUAAAGUUUUAGUCAUUGGGGAUGUAGGCGUUGGGAAGAGCAGCGUUAUCUUGCGUUAUGUUAACAAACGCUUUCAUGAAACAUACAAAGCAUCUAUUGGAGUUGACUUUGCUCUGAAGACUAUUGAAUGGGAUGCCAAGACUGUGGUGAGAGUGCAGUUUUGGGAUAUUGGAGGCCAGGAGAGGUUUAGGAAGAUGUCCAGAGUGUACUACAAAGGGGCAAUGGGAGCAGUAGUGGUCUUUGACAUUACAAACAGCUCCACCUUGGAGGCCGCCUCAGAGUGGAAGCGGGACCUGGAUAGCAAAGUCUGUCUCGACAGCGGACGUCCAGUCCCUGCCGUCCUGCUGGCCAACAAAUGUGACAUGACAGGGAGGGACAGAGACUUGGUGUCCUCUCUGGAGAGCUUCUGUAAAGACAACUGCUUCAUGGGCUGGUUUGAGAGCUCUGCAAAGGACAAUAUAAAUAUUGAUGAGGCAGGUGCCUUCCUUGUCAAACAAAUGAUGCUCUGCGACACCGGCCUGUUCAGUGAAGAGCACCGCUGGGACGGGAUCAAAGUGAGCCAGGAUCCCGGAGACAGUCAGAGCCAGUCAUUGUGCUGCUGGAGACCACGGCUCUGAGGCAGCGAGCCAAACAACGGCAGCUACUGGAUUAAACGCUCUAACAGGACCUGUUUUUGAUACCAAGUCAUGAAUCCACAUAGAAGCUACUUCUGCCUGUGUUCAUAUAGUCGGUAACUUUAAAUGCAUAUCUGUGCCCUGCCAGGUUUCUCAAUAAUGUGUGCAGUGUGUGGGCUGCCUCAUAAACACCUCUGUGGAGACAAUUGAGCUCAUUUCUCUGAUAAUCCACUGAUACAGUCAGGCUAAUAAAGAGAUCAGCAUGACACACAAUCCUGCUGGGAGAAGUCUGUGACACUCAUCGAGCAACCCAGACUUGGUGAUGAUUGACCUACUUUAAUGAGUGGCCAGAAACUGUGAAAUGGUCACAACUGCCAUUUUCCCAAACGACAAACACAACAAGAGAGGGAGAGAAAAUGUCUUAAAACAUGUUUGAAGCUGUUUGAAGCUGUUACACAUUCCUCCUUAAUAAAU